AUGCUGAUAUUGCAUCGCAACGUCGGUGUGCACAGCAUCAUGUGCGAGAUACGCAGCGAUAGCGUGCAUGCUAUCUUGACCGACUUCUCUCGUGCAUGCCACGUCUCUAAAACCGGGGAACCACUCGGCAUCCACGAGGGAUGGCCGUCACCUUCCCAGGACCGUCUUCAAUCAUUGGAAGCCCAGCAAUCUGUAGUCGAAGAGCAGAGCAACCCAUUCCACCCCGAUCUUAGCUGGGUGCCCGGCGACGUCCCUCACCUACUCCUGUACGACUAUGAGGGCCUUCUCUACACUGCGGUGUGGUGUACGUGUCUACCGCGUCGUCUCAGAUGGCGUGACCGCAACUUCUUCCCAUGGUACAUCAUCAUUCACGACGUAUCGGACGGACGACCCUUCGCUGAGAGACAUCACCCUUUGCCCGAAUUUCGAGGCUACACCAAGUGGAUGACUGCCUUUUGGGGAUUAUUUUGCAAUGCGCGUAAGGCGGUGAACAUUAUGGGUCGGAGCGCGUCGAUGCAUGACCAAGAGACUGCGUAUGGGAUACUCACGGCCGAGGCGAUCAAGGAGAAGCUGCAGGCGGUGCCCUUGUGUGAAGAAGUAGGAGAGUCCAAGUCGGAUUUGUUAGAAAGUAGCGCCCAAAUUUCUGGAGCUCCAGAAAUUGGGGAGCGCCCAAGGGCAGACAAGCCGACACCUGGACCUCACAUGUACCUUAGCUAA